AAGGCAUCGGGAUGUGUAGCGUUCAAUUAUUCAGCGAAGUGGUCGAUCGUUUUUAAAACACGGGAGAGGGGAAUACGGUAUGCGGGUGUGUCGUAUGCCGCGCCGGUGACGGAGCCCGCAGGCGGCGCCGUGACGGGCGCUUUCCUGAGCCGUGGCUCGGGAAGGCGUUGUACUGCUGAUCCGUGGCUCGGGAAGUGGGACUUCCGCUGUCGGUGGUGGGCAGGCUAGUAAAUGAGGAAUCAGAUCGUCGUCGUGCUGUCCCCCACCUCUGGCCACUCUUUCUUGGAUCGCCAUUGACGCACGCGGAGGUCGGCGGUGGAUGAAAUACACGGCGGCGCUUGUGGGGAUGGAGUUCCUGAUGCAACCCAUUAGGAGGGCCGCCGUGGUGGAAGAGGUCAACGACAACCAGCUUCCAAUGGAGCCGCUCCACUACCCCGCGGUGGCGAUAGGGGCUGAAGAGCUAACCCCCAUGGCGACAGGCAGAUCUGUGCGGCGGAUGGGGCACUCGCAGCCGGGAGCGAUGAUGAACCACAAGCAUCUAAGCAAUCUAUUGAUCAGAUUGAUCCAAAAACUCCAGGCUGGACUCGAAGUGAAUGAUGAUGCUAAUUCUGCGAGUAACAGUGGGAACAGACUCGUUGGUUUGUUGGCGCCAAAGAAACGGAAAGAAAUGGGGUGCCCAACAACCAGCUGGGAGAAGGCACCGUACGAGGGGCUGAGCAAGUGGACGAGGUUCUGCAGCAUAUGUCGCAAGCAGGGCCACAAACGGACUACUUGCCCGGACCGUGGUGAUGCCCCGAAGCCUGUUCGGAAACCAGCAAGGUGCAAAAGUUGUGGAAUUGAAGGUCACAGGCGAAACAACUGCCACAAAGUGGGUGAUCUGCGGAUGACUGGCAUGUGAGCAGUUGCAGGACCCUGUCUGUCAAGACUAGAAAUAUGUAGAACUUAAUGUGUGCGGCUGUAGUUCCAUCAGUAGAACUCCUCUAGUGUCAUGCUUGUUGAGUGUGUUCGACUGCUGCUAUGCAUGGCAGAAUCAAAUAUGGAUUAUCAGAAAUAAUGUAUGCUUGAAUUGGUCUGAAUGUCAACGUAUUAGUAUUCGCACGAUGAGUGUGUUUUAUUUUUCUGAAUUUUUGUA